AUUUGUUUCGUUUCGGUAUGUGUUCCAAGUAGCAUUUUAGAAAAGCAUCAACGUCAAUGUUGGUGUUUGUGUGGUCUGACUUGAGCAGAUGAACAAGUACGUGAAAAUUCGUCAAAUUGGCCAGGGGUCAUUCGGUAAAGUGUUCCUGGUUAGACAUAAACAAUCUUUUGUGAAUUAUGUUAUCAAAGAAAUCGUUAUAUCUGGAAUGUCUACCAGUGAACGUGAAGAUGCUAGAAAAGAAGUCGCAAUGCUGGCAACUCUCAAACACAAAAACAUUGUUUCCUAUAUAGAAUCUUUUGAAGAAUCUGGACGACUCUAUAUUGUUAUGACAUAUUGUGAAGGAGGUGAUCUCUACUCUAGAAUUAAUGACCAAAAAGGUAUAGAAUUCUGUGAAGAGCAAAUCUUAGAUUGGUUUGUUCAAAUAUGCUUGGCUGUGAAAUAUAUCCAUGACAAAAACAUCUUACACAGAGACAUAAAAUCUCAGAAUAUAUUUUUAACGAAAGAUGGAACAGUGAAAAUUGGAGAUUUUGGUAUUUCCAAAGUAUUAAACAGUACCUGUGAUAUGGCAAAAACUUGUAUAGGAACACCUUUCUACCUUUCUCCAGAGAUUUGUGAAAAUCGGCCAUAUAACACUAAAAGUGAUAUCUGGUCCUUAGGUUGUGUUCUCUAUGAGCUUACCAAUUUACGCCACCCGUUCGAAGCCAGGAAUUUGAACAACUUAGUUUUUAAAAUUGUGAGUGGCAGAUAUCCACCAGUCCCUGCAAAAUAUUCAUCCAAUCUCAGGGACUUAAUUUCUGUGAUGUUGAAACGCUCAGCAAUGGAGCGUCCUUCAAUUAACAAUGUAUUGAAAUAUCCUUUUGUUGUAAAGAGACUAGUGAAGUUUACAGUUGGCAUUGAUCUUUCUCAGAAUAAUAACCCUCAUGAUGUUCGUUCCUCAGUACAAUCUCGACCCCAGUCAGCAGCAUCACGACCCUCUUCUGCGGCUUCUGGGUGCUCUAGAGCUUCUAAUAAUGGAAAGUAUGACCCAGCACGGAUUUAUGGACGCAAAGCUAGUGAAAGCAGGCCUGGAAGUGGUACCAAAAAGAAAAAAGUUACUGCAUCAGAGAGAAAGACACCAGAGAGAACAGUUACACCAAGCAAACAGAGAACACCUGGUAUUUCAGCCGUUCGUGGUGCAGGGGACUACAAGAGGUACUAUGAAGCCCUUGAUAAAAUGGACAAAGCACGAGUAACCAGGUCACCAAAACCCUCUAAUCAAGCAUGGUACAUGAAUCAAGCUCGACAUAAACCAUUAAAUGUCUUAGGAGGAAAAGCUGUUAGUCCUAGGAACAGGUUCAGUCCUACACCUUGCCAAAGUAGAAUUGUCUCUGAUUUUCAUCAACGUAGAGCUGAUGCUGCUCGUAACAAGUUAAAGGUUCAGGGCCAGAAAUUUGCACUGCCAGACCAAUCACACACACCCUCACCUAGGAAUGCCAUACUUCAUGGUACCACUGCUCAGAAGAGGCAACAACAGGAGAAGGAAUAUCUUUUACACAUUCAGAAAAUAGCUGAGGAAAAUUUCCAGGAAAGGCAGAAACUAUACCGAGAACAAAAAUCAAAUUUGAAACAAAAAGAGCCUAAACCAUCAUCGAAAUCUGUGACACAAGUAUUGAGAGAGAUUGGAGUUGAAGAGAAACCACGUCUGGAGAUCUCAAAGGAGGAUGUUGUCAUAAGAGCUAAUAAAGAUGAGAAAAAGCCCCAAGAUCCAUCCCGAGCUCCUCCUCGUCUACGAUGGAGUCAAAAAGAAACUGUUCACUUAGAAAACCUCCCCCUUGAAGAUCCCCUCGCAGAAUCUGAUGAAGUUGCAGUCUCUCAAGCUCGACAAAAAUGGAAGUAUCGAAAUUCUGUCAUUGAAAUACUGGAGAAUAAAUCUUUAGUUGAUCCAACACUGGUAAUAACUGAAGAAGCUGCUGAGGACCUUCUUUCAAAGAAUCAAGUAUUAAGAAAUCCUGUUCAAGGCUUGACUUCAGGAAAUACUCCAGUGACAUCUGGCAUAGCUCCACCAAACAGUUCCAAACCAAAAGCAUUGAAGCAAGAAAGUAUUCCACAACCUGAGUCAUUUUUUGUGCCUUUUGACAAUAGUCCAGGAAAUAACAAUAAAGCUGAGACCCCACCCAAAACUCAGAAUACUAAAUCUGUCAGUAAUGCUGUUCCUGUUGAAAAACCAAUCUCAAAUGCAACAUUUCAAAUUCCAAAACGUGUAGAUGAUAGUGCUUUCUCUGAAAACAAUUUACAGCCAAUAAAACCAUUAAAAGGUGACGUAAAGCAACAAGAACCAAGUGAGACGGAGCAGACAUUGCCUGUAGAAAAAGAAUCUCAAUCUUUAGUGGAAGAGGUACCUGUGUUACAACAUUCGUUUUCAAGCCCUCAGUUGGAUUCAAUAAAUGAUCUUCCAGAACAAAAAGAUGAGCUAAUGAGGACUCGGUCAGUACCAGAUCUCACUAGUCUGUUCCAAACUGCUGAUAGCAAAAUAAAAGAAACUACUGAAAAUCUAGAUAACUUAAAAAAGGAAUCACAGAAAACUGAUGUCCUGAAGCGACUUUCUCAAGUUUCUGGUGAUUUUGAACCAAGCCUCGAAGAGACAGAUGAAAUUAGUCUGGUACGGCAAUCUAUGCAAGAUGUAUUGACAAAAAGUUUAGAUGAUGAAGAUAGUGAUGGAGAUGAUGGUGUCAGCUUAAUGUCUGACCAAACAGAACCAGAGCUGAAGAAUAUUAAAGAGGAAGAUGAGUGUGAAGAUGAUUAUGAUGAUGUCAGCCUAGAACAUAGGGAUACUGACAGUAAAUGCAAUUUAUAUCUUUCAGCUUUAAUGGAAGAAAAUGCUGAGGAUGAAGAAGCAAAUGCUGAUAUUUUCUCAAAGCUGGAAGAACGAAGGGAGCAACUUGAAAACGAUGUUGGCGGUGCACUUUUGAAAAAGGUUUACUGGAUGAUACAUGUAAGUAAACUACUUUUGUUUUCCUUUGCCUUCUACUGUUUCAUCAAGUUUGAAAUGUUUUGAAAUAGUAUUAUCUCUGACAAAAGUGUUGAGUUAGCUAGAGUCCUCAAAGAAUUGAAAUCAUCUACACUAUGCAAUGUAGAGAAAGGUAUAGAAGAUUUAGUCAAAUCCUUUUCUCAUUCUGACACAAUCUUGGAUAUUCUUAUCAUCAUCAUUUUACAUUUGCCUUCCAUGCUAGCAUGGGCUGGAUAGAUUAUCACUACCCAAAAUCAGUUUUAUUUGGAGUUACUGUUCUCCUAGACGGAUUGGAAGACCAGAUCUUUAAACAAUUCGUUUCUGACAUGGUUUCUAUGACUGGAUACCAUUCUUAAUACCAACCAUUUUAUAGUGUACUUUGGAUGCAUUUUAUUGUGGCACCAAUGAAUUCUCUCCUCACAUUGUCUCUGUUCUUUCAAGGCAAGAGGGCUAACAGAAGAGAAUAAUGACCAAGCAGGCAAAAGAACUGAGAGUAUAAGUGUGAUGUUAUGUUAUGCUUCUUCUUAUAUCCUUACAGGCUAAUCUUGUUGAAUGGUAU